AUGUCCAAGCUGCCAUACUGGCAGGAAGCUAAAUUUCUGGCCCUAUUUCUCCAACACAAUAACGAGCCGACGGCGUGGCAAGCAUAUCUGGACAGUGUCACCGAAGACAAGCGCUUCUACUUGGCUCUCCAUUCUAAGGAGACCGCGCAACUGGUAGUGGACUAUCUGGAUCUGAGGCUAAAAAAGUCGGCGGAUAGCGGACGGAAGAGUCCAAAAAUCAAGUUCUUGCCCGGCGCCAUACAACAUCAAAUACCGCUAGAAAUUUGGUGGAACGUACUCAGCAGGCUGGAUGUUGUCACUAUGGGAGCCCUUUCACAUGCAGCUCCAUGGUUGGCGCGCAUGAUUGAACACGAAGUCGACCACAGUAUGAUAGCGGCGUUUAGAGCGGUACAACUCCGUUGGCGUAUUUUGCGUUGGGGCAUUGCACAUUGUGCUGCUGUCAUUGGGCGGGAGGGAGCCGCUAGAAUGCUUUUUCCCAGUCGCAAGAAACACCUGUUCGAUGGCCUCGAAGCGUUAGAAAUCUUUGUCAACACAGACCAAGCCGACGAACUUGCAAGAUUUCUCAAGGUCACAAUGAACUUGGAAUUGUCCAAUCUCAGGCAGGGUAAGCCGCGGGAUAAUAUCCAAGAGAUUCGACGUUUACGGCGCACCGAUGGCCAUGGUAUCAAAAUUCAUAUCAACGUUUGCCGCAACGAGUCUUCCCGAUGCACCAUUUUUCGCACUGCGUUGACCUGCGACAUGAUGUAUUUCGAUGGCGAAGAAUUGGUGGUGCCGCAUUACAGCUUGACUUCAAAUCUAUUGACGGUCAGAAACUUGGGCUACUGCGGCCAACAUGGCAGUGAUACAACAAGCAUGCUACAAGCGACUUCUGAAGCCGCUGAGCGAAAAGGCUUCAAAAUGACCAGCUUGACUGAUGGUGUGAGAUUAGAUUCCGGUAUCCUGGGAGUACAAAAUACUAAGGGCAUUGGGACAAAAUCCUUCACCUAUAGUGGGGGUUGGAUAAUCACACCACAACCAAGGAACGGUAUUGCUUGGCGCUUGCAUUCGUGUGAAAACAUGUGGGGACAUCGGGAAGCUGGCCCUUUCCUAGUUCAAGAGCUCGAUGUGCACGAGGAUGAAGGAUUGUAUACGGAUAUUGGAUAUGACAUGUUAUGA